AUGUUGCAGUUUGCCUAUGUGGAGGAUGAGUGGGUGCUAGAUACUGCUCCUGUGGAGGAUGAGUGGGUGUUAGAUACUGCUCCUGUGGAGUAUGAGUGGGUGCUAGAUACUGCUCCUGUGGAGGAUGAGUGGGUGCUAGAUACUGCUCCUGUGGAGGAUGAGUGGGUGCUAGAUACUGCUCCUGUGGAGGAUGAGUGGGUGUUAGAUACUGCUCCUGUGGAGUAUGAGUGGGUGCUAGAUACUGCUCCUGUGGAGGAUGAGUGGGUGCUAGAUACUGCUCCUGUGGAGGAUGAGUGGGUGCUAGAUACUGCUCCUGUGGAGGAUGAGUGGGUGUUAGAUACUGCUCCUGUGGAGUAUGAGUGGGUGCUAGAUACUGCUCCUGUGGAGGAUGAGUGGGUGCUAGAUACUGCUCCUGUGGAGGAUGAGUGGGAUGAGUGGGUGUUAGAUACUGCUCCUGUGGAGGAUGAGUGGGUGCUAGAUAUUGCUCCUGUGGAGGAUGAGUGGGUGCUAGAUACUGCUCCUGUGGAGGAUGAGUGGGUGUUAGAUACUGCUCCUGUGGAGGAUGAGUGGGUGUUAGAUACUGCUCCUGUGGAGUAUGAGUGGGUGCUAGAUACUGCUCCUGUGGAGGAUGAGUGGGUGAUAGAUACUGCUCCUGUGGAGGAUGAGUGA